AUGCCCAAGGUUUUGGUGUUGCGUGCCAACGUUCAGACUUUGACGGAUGUCUUAGACAAAGCAAAUGCUUUGAAUCAAAAGUCAGGACCCUUCGAUUGUGCCAUAAUCCUUGGAAAAGUGCUUGAAUCGACGGAGAGUGUUGAGCGUCCAGGACUUCCAGUGUUUUUCACGAACGGCGAUGGGAUGCUGGUUGAGAAACAAGGCUCAGAAUCUUUAGGUCAUAAUUUGACCCUUUUAAACGGAUAUGGCAUGUUUCAAAACUCUAGUGGCUUGAGAAUUGGAUAUUUGACUGGCAACAAGAACUUUAUAAUGGACAAUGAGGAGCAGAUAAAAUCCUACUUCAAAAGUGCAGAAAUUAAAGAUCUGGAUAUUUUGAUCACAGAUGGUUGGAGCAAGGCUCUUUUCUUGAAUGACAACGAUCAAUCGAGAGCUGACACUUUGGAGGAUGAAAUCGUCAAGAUUUCGAAACCAAAGUACCAUUUUGCGACGCUGGCGAAGAGUAAAUUUCAUGAGGCCACUCCUUUCAAAUGGGCGGAUUCCGAGACUAUCACCAGGUGUCUCAAUAUUGCAGAGUAUAAUUCGGGUGCUAGAUGGGCAUAUGCCUUUAGUGUCGAUUCUACACUGAGCGACAAUCAGGCGUUACCAAAAGUGUUAGCUAACAAUCCCUACGAAGCAAAACCGUUCUCAAAGCGUACCUUCGAAGCCGAAGAACCCAAGAGCCAUACGCUCACUAAAAGACCUAAGCAAAUAUUGCCUGAAGAGUGCAGAUUUUGUUUAAGCAAUCCCGCAGUGCAAGAUCAUCUCAUUAUUCACAUAAGCGAACACGCUUACCUGACAAUCGCAAAAGGUCCAUUGACCAUGCCUACAUCUCAGAUGGACUUUUCAGGCCAUUGUUUACUCAUACCGAUUAAACAUAUACCAAAAUUGAAGACAGCUGAAGUAUCACAGGGUGACGUAUUUGACAGUACAUUGUAUCAGGAACUCGAAAAAUACGAAAAUAGCAUCGUGGCCAUGAACCACCAGCAAUUUCAAAUGUCCACGGUUGUUUUUGAAAUAAAUUCCCAGAAUUCUGUGCACUAUCACAUACAGAUAAUGCCUAUCCCAGCCUAUUUGAUUCCCAAAUUUGACUCAGCGCUUGAGAGGCAAGUUCACUUCAACAACACAAAAUACAGCAACAAUGCCAAACUGAAAUUUGAUACUUUCCAAGGAACGAGCGAUGAUAGUUUUAGAGCAAAGUUGAACGACCCUAGUCUGAAUUAUAUCAAAUUUGCGGUCCACGAGAACAGUACGGCAUGUCCUAAGAUAUAUAUGGCAACCUUUAAUUCGGGCGAAAGAAUUGAUCUGCAAUUUGGAAGGCGUGUUCUUGCCUUCGUCCUCAAACUACCAAAAAGAGCCAAAUGGGACUCUCCUGCUUGUACUCAAACUCUAGAGCAGGAAAAACACGAUGUCCAAGCAUUCCAAGCGCAUUUUAAAAGUUUUGAACCCUCAACAUAG